AUGUGUUUUCUCCAAGAAAAGUGUGGAAGAAUGUUACCCGCCAUUUUCUGGUUUGCCAUUGUUGUGGAUCAGGUUGGUGGAUUGCCUCCAGGUGCAAGAGGAGCACAACUAGAUACGUUUGUUUCAUCGAAAAACGAAACGGAACCAGUAAAAAGACCAAUACAUCUGGAUGGUAUACAGCUGGAGAGAGAUGGUGAAUUAAACAAGGAGUUCCGGCAAGAGGUACUGUUGGGUGGUGAUCCAAAAGAUCCUCAGGAACUGAAGGAUAUGGUCAAGAAGAUGUUCUAUGAGACCGACACAAAUGGUGAUGGAUACCUUUCUGUGGAAGAGCUGGAGGCGAGGAUAGUGAAUAACACACGAACUCAUUUGGAGGAAGGCAUUAUAGAGGCGGAAACACAUUUCAACAUCGUCGAUACCGAUAAGGAUGGGCGGGUGUCCUGGGAGGAGUACGAACCCCACUAUCUCUCAAUAGAUUCGCAAAAUGACGGACAUGAUCAUAAGACGGUCAAUGAAAAUGAUGCUGAUUUGCAAGGUAGUCCUGAACGAGCGUCGUUCGAUCGAGCAGACUCGAACAACGAUGGAUUCCUAGACUCAGACGAAUGGCUAAGAUUUUUUCAUCCUGAACACAACAGGGACUCUUUGAUGGACAUGGCUCAAGAUAUUUUUAAAUUGUAUGACAUUAACAACGACGGAGUAGUUAGACGGGAAGAAUUCGCUGCUCCUCAUCCAGCUGAUCGAAAGAACAAGGAUGAUAACGAGAGCAAGACAAGGCGACUUGAGAGAGAGGCGGAAUUCGACAAACAUGUAGACGCGAAUGGCGAUGGAAUUGCAUCAUUAGACGAACUCUUCGAAUAUAUAAAUCCACGAAAUGCGAAAAGUAUGGCUACUGAGGCACGUGAUCUUCUGGAUGCAAUAGACGUAAAUGGCGAUCAUUUAUUGUCGCUUGACGAAUUGUUAGCGCGCGAUCGGCUCGUCGAGUAUAGCCCAUUGAUGUCGGUGGCUGAGAUUUUACAUGAUGAUUUGUAA